UUUUCUCCACUCGUCUUUCUCUGAGGGUUCAGUCCGAUCUAAUGGACCCGGGCUUCUGCAGCCACUCUGAAAAGUGGGGUUAAAAGUUGCCGUGUGGACAGUGAAAACAUAUAUGUGGAUCACUACACAGGUGCUGUCCAAAACAGACCGCAAAAAUGCCUAUGCAUCCGGUGACUUCCACUUUGAUGUACCGGGGGAUCUGCACGAUUCCCGAUAUCCUGUCAUACCAUGCACCGGUCAACCUGCCUGAAGAUGAAGUGGAAGAAAUCCGGGAGGCAUUCAAGGUGUUUGAUAGAGAUGGGAAUGGAUUCAUCUCAAAGCAGGAACUUGGCAUGGCCAUGCGCUCUUUAGGGUACAUGCCCAAUGAGGUCGAGCUAGAGGUCAUCAUUCAAAGACUCGACAUGGAUGGAGAUGGCCAGGUGGAUUUCGAGGAAUUUGUUACCCUUCUGGGGCCCAAACUCACAGCUGCCGGAAUGCCCGACAAGUUCAACGGAACCGAUUUUGACUCUGUGUUCUGGAAGUGUGAUAUGCAGAAACUGACUGUGGAAGAGCUGAAGAGACUGUUGUACGACACAUUCUGUGACCAUCUGUCUAUGAAGGACAUUGAGAAUAUCAUCAUGACAGAGGAGAAUCACAUUGAAAAUCCUGAGGACUGCCAGGUUGACAUUGACACUGAGAGUCCAACCCAACAGGUGAAGCAAACUUGCGUACGGAAGAGUCUGAUCUGCGCCUUUGCGAUUGCUUUCAUCAUCAGUGUCAUGCUCAUUGCGGCCAAUCAGGUGCUUCGCAGUGGCAUGAAUUAACUGAGUGGACCAAUCACAG